AUGCCAAAAGAUCAAAACGAGUCAUCCUCUUCAUCAACAGAAAAGUCAUCCGCAUCGACCACAAGCCACAAUGCAAAACGAAGCUCUCGGAUUCAGAAAGCACUACAAGAGGCAUCUGAUCAAAAGAUCAAGAUUGAAGAUAAGAAUGGACAGAGAAGAAUGGACAUGUUGAGAAGUCAUUUGAAUCCCGAUACAUCUCAAAGACAGCAAGAAAAAUCGUCACCAACAUCAUCACCUCUAAAAUCAUCAUCGGAAAAAGCUGUCAAAUCAAACAAUGCACCACAAAAAUCACAAAUUGUAUUUCCAGCUGAAGAAUUAUCUGCUUAUCUUUCUCCAUUUUCUCCAAAAGAAAAUAAGGCAAGAGAGAAAGUGGUACAAGCAAUGAGAGAUCGCCCUGACUUAUUUCAUCCAUAUGACAUUGAUCUUUCGAGAAUUGAACAAUUAGAUUUAAAUUAUGAAAGAAUGAAGUAUUUAGUGAAGGAGAAGAAGUGUUUUUCUGUAGAUACAUUGGAACAUGAGCCUGCCACUCAUUUCGCUGCAAUGUCAGCUGUCGCUUAUUUUGAUCCUGCUCUUUCUGUAAAAACAAUGCUUCAGUUCAACUUUUGGGCUGGAACACUUUUGAACCUUGGCACACAAAGACAUAGAAAAUAUUUUGACAAAAUUGACAAUUUGGAGCUUAUGGGUAGUUAUGCCAUCACAGAGUUAGCUCACGGAUCGAAUGUAAGAGGAAUUCAAACAACUGCUACUUAUUGUAAAGACAGUGACACAUUUGAAAUUCAUACUCCAAACAGAGAAGCAUGCAAAUGGUGGAUUGGAAAUUCAAGACAUUGUCACAUGUGUCUAGUUUUUGCUCAGUUAAUUGUUGGAAAGGAAAAUCAUGGAAUCCAUUGCUUUGUAGUUCCAGUAAGAGAUCCCACUUCAAAUGAAAUAUUACCUGGAGUCAUCAUUGGAGACUGCACUGUAAAAGAGGGCCUAAACAACUUGGAUAAUGGAUUUUUAUUGUUUAACAAAGUGCACAUUCCAAGAGAAAAUUUGUUAAACAAGCACGGAGAUGUAACAGAAUCUGGAACAUAUCAAAGCCCAUACAAAAACGCAGCACAGAGAUUUGGAGCAAUGUUGUCGACUCUCACAAUGGGAAGAUAUUCAAUUUGUGGUAGCUCUACUGUUUCUUUGGCAAAAAUUCUUGCAACCACUAUUGGAUUUUCUUUUGAAAGAAGACAAUUUGGAAUUCCAAACAAGCCAGAAAACCCAGUGAUCAAUUUUCAAGCACAAAAACAUACCAUUUAUCCAAUAUUAGCAGAGUAUUUCGCGUUUAGAUUUGCUUCUAACCAUCUUCAUCAUUUGUAUGUCAAUAGAACACCCGAAACUGCUCAAACUUUACAUGUACUGAGUGCAGGUUUCAAAGCUUACUUGACAGAUCACAAUCAAUCCAGCAUUCUCAAGUUGAGAGAAAAAUGUGGUGGAUUGGGUUAUUCUCAACUUAAUAGAAUAGGUCUUACUAUUGCAAACCAUGACAUUUUCAAAACUUUUGAAGGUGACAACACUGUAUUAUUUCAAGAAGUUUCCAAAUACUUACUGGCAAAUUUUAAAAAGAUCAUGACUCAAAAGUACUCCAGUAUUUUCUCCUCUGUUGGUUAUUAUGUUUUAGAUUCUUUGAAUGGCAAUGUGAAAGCUAGACAUUUAAGAAAUGCCACCGAUUUAUUGGAUUCAAACUUUUAUCUAACACUUUUUGAGGUCAAGCUUGAAAAACAAGUACAAUCUGUUGCCACCCGUUUCCAAGAUAUUUUGAACGAACUUCAACUUUCGAAUAAGGAAAAUGUUCCAAAAGAUGAAAGAAAGGAAGUUAACAAAUUUAAUGCAUGGAAUUUGGUUCAAACUCAAUUAUUAGAAACAUCUAUUGCUUAUGUCGAAAAUGAAAUUCUCCAAAUAUUCCACAACAAAGUGAAGGAUUGUACACACAAACAAGUCAAGCAAAUUCUUCAAAAACAACUUUACUUGUUUGUGCUUGGAUUGAUCGAGAAAAAUUGCACCUACUUUUUAACUCACGACUUGAUGUCACCUAAAUUAGCCAAACAACUCGUGAAGGAAAAAGCAAGAGUUAUUUCCUCGAUGGAAGAUGGUGAAAUAUUGGGAUUAACAAAAAUCCUUGUUCCAGAUGUCGUUUAUGCCCCAAUUUGUAACUAUGAAGGAAUUAUGAAAGGUGUGGUCUCUACUGAUCCUUCUCCAAUGUAUGAUAACAUGCUUAUUCAAGCUUUGAACAACAGACAACUCUUUGGAAAUGCAACUAUGGAGACACUUGGUUUAAGAAAUUUGUAA